UGAUCAGUGAGUGACAGGGAUGUAUUCCUCCGCCUUCCGGUAUAGUUCCCCGACCGUACUCGGGAACGUUUCCAGAUUCCUGAAAAACGUGUCGGAGCCACGAUGUGAGGAUCCGUCAGAGCCGUCCAGCCUUCGUGGAAGCGUUGGGGUGUGAAUGUGUCGGUGGACAGAGCGCGGCGCUGUGACGUCCUGACCGCGAACUUCCUGUCCUCAAGAUGAGCGCCUCCGAGCCCGCUAACAGCGUCCCUGUCAGGGGCGCGGGCGGCUCCCGCAUGAAGCUUCCUCUCCACAGUGCAGGAGACCACAACGGGAAUGCUUUCCCAAUUUCGUCUUCCUCCUCUUCCUCCUCUUCCUCGUCCUGCCUCGGGGAGUCGUCUCCCGAGUCGCUGCGGAGUCUGAGCGGGGGCCGGACCGACAGCCCGCUGGACUACGACAUGUUCGACGUUACCCUGACGACGGUGAAAACUGUGACUCUGAAGUGUGUCGUUUCAGACUGGGCGCCAGAGGAGGAGCGUAACCCGGACGACGGCGAUGACGGUGAUGACACCUCGUUGGGGAAAUCUCAAACCGUGACAGAGUCCAACGACAACUCCGUGUCGGUUUACCUGGACGCCAACGGCGACGACUACCACCAGGACAGCUGGAACGACAACCUGACACUCGCCCGAUCGCUGACAGGAAACGGCGGCCUCAUCGACGAGGACGUCAGCAGUGGAAGCAGUAACGGAAGAAGGCGCAGCUCCUCAACUCCAGACUCGGACGCAACAGAAGUCCCUGAUGAUGAUGAUGAUGAUGAAGAGGAGGCGUUGUUUGUGUCUGUGAGCUCUGAUGUGGACGUGCAGAGAAGCAGCGCGAUGAUCGCGAGCUCAGGUAGUCGGUCAGGUGACGGCGUCCAGGUGACGGAGGUGGACGGGCCUGCGGUCCACUGUCCUCCAGAACCGUCCAAAGGGCGUCACACGGAUCCUCCAGCCUCUGAAGACCUCAGUGAAGACACACAGACGCCGACUGAAGAUGUUAAGAAAACGAGCUCUCCUCCACCUGAAGAGGCUGAAACGGGUGUAGUGGGCUCCAAACCUCCACCCUCCCAGCCUGAUGAGAAUCCGGCAGCAAGACCCAGACCUGCUCCCAGGUCGGCCGCCUCCACAGCUGCCAAACCGCCCGGUCCAGAAGCGAAGAGGGUUUCCAGAGUGGACUUAAAAGCAGUCAAAGCUAAAGUCGGAUCACGGCCCGCCCCCUCCCCACCGAAACCUGCCACCCAGAAUAAAUCUGCCCCGUCCAAUGGGAAGAGAGCUGUGGUGAGGAAGGAGGUGCAGGCUGGUGAUGGAGGUAAAAGACAGAGGUCGUCUGCAGGUCCCAUCAAAGUGGCUGUGAUCAGAGGAAAGAGCAGGAACGUCAAGCCAAACCACAGGAAAGCAGCCGGGGAGCCGACCGUGCCGCAGGAGACGAGUUUAUCCGUCAGUCGAACCCUGUCCACUUCGACCAGCUCGCUGGGCUCCGAGGUCGCUGGGGAAAAACGCCUAAAUGCUCCCAGGAAGGCUGACCAGGACGUGCCUGAUAAAUAUGGAAAACCUGAUGAGGGGGAAGCAAAAUGCCCAAGUGAGGAGUGUGUGGAGGAGCAAACGGAGGCUUCGGUGUCGGCAGCCGCUGUGGAGAAACCACGGACGCCUACCAGGAAAGUCUCCUCCAAGCUGGGACCCAGCCCCAGGCCUCAGGGAAGAGGCACCAGAGCAGACCGGGGGCCCUCGGGACCAGCUCCGGGCUCAGGGACCGGACCUCCAGGUCAGGGGAGCCCCGGACCCAGGCAAGCCCAGACGGAUGGCUCCACGCUGGGAAAAGGUGGGCCGAGUGCUGGGAGUGGAGCUCCAACCACCAAGAGUCAGGGGGGAAAUGAGUAG